CUCAGGUUAAUGAUUGAAGAUCAGCAGGUCACCUAUUGACUGAAGAGACUUUAAACUCAGACACACAGAGGCGCGACCAGCCGGACCCGACCGGUCUGACCGGUCUAAUGGGUCUGACUUGGAGGCGGAAUGAAGGUUUUCCCACUUGUAACUUUUUAAACUGCUUCUUUUUCUUUUGGCUUCUAGCUGCUCAGCCACAUCCAGCCAAUCACAUUGCUCCUCAAUAGACGAGGAGGAGGAGGAGCACCACCUGAAUCCUUGCUGUGGAGCACCUGAAUCCAACCCUCAUCUGUCACAGAUCUUAACCCAGAACAUUUCUGACUGGUUCUGGGCUUAUAGACCCUACACCCGAACCAGGAUUACAGACUGAGGUGAUUGGGUUCUGUGGCUGGAUGGCUGCUGAGGGUGUGGGGGUGUCACCUCCAGAUGGGGGUGGGGGUGGAUCAUCGUCGGCUGCUGCUUCAUGGUGACGGUGUGCACGCGUGCAGUGACCAGGUGCAUCUCCAUCUUCUUCAUGGAGUUUCAGGCCCACUUUGGAGCCGACUACUCCUCCACAGCAUGGAUCCACAGCCUGGUGGACUGCAGCACCAUGCUGUUCGCACCUGUGGGCAGCCUGGUGGGGAACCGCUGGUCCUGCAGGGUGGCGGUGAUGUCAGGUGGUGUCCUUUCGUCCUGCGGCCUCUUACUCAGCUCCUUCUCCACCAGCCUGGAGCUGCUCUACAUCAGCAUGGGAGUCCUCACAGGUCUGGGCUUCGCCCUCAGUUACACCCCCACCGUCGCCCUGGUGGGCUGCUACUUCCAGCAGAGGAAGGCGUUGGCGUAUGGCAUCGCCAUGUCGGGCAGCGGCAUCGGGACGUUCGUGUUGGCUUCGGUCGUGCAGCUGCUCAUCGAGCUGUACUCCUGGAGGGGGGCGCUGCUCAUCCUCAGCGCCUUCGUCGCCAACCUGUGCGUCUGUGGGGCGCUGCUGCGACCAAUCACGGUGCAGAAGGAGGAGAAAACAUGUGACACCGAACUCACCGUCAAACCCUCCAACCAAUCCAAACACAGCCUUCUGCCAUCAGCCAAGCUGUCAGCGCCCCCUUCACUGCCCCUGGAAAACCCCACACCGAGAAGGAGGUGCUUCAGUUCCUGCUUUCUGUCCAGUGAAGAGUACCGGUUCCUGAAGACGCCGGACUUCCUGGGUCUGGCCGCGUCCUUCCUGUUCCUGGCCAGCGGCUGCAGCCUGCCAUUCGUCUACCUCGUCCCAUAUGCUCUAAGUGUAGGCGUCGACCACCAGCACGCGGCCUUCCUCAUGUCCAUCCUGGGAGUCAUCAACAUCGUGGGGAACGUCACGUUCGGCUGGCUGACAGACAGAAGGUGUCUGAAGCCUCAUCGUUUGUCCUGUUACGUCCUGUCGGUGGUGUUGGAGGGUCUCUGCUGCCUCUUCACGCCACUCCUUCGAUCAUUCACACUCCUUGUCCCAUUCGCCAUCCUCUAUGGCUACUUUGAUGGCGCCUACGUGGCACUGAUCCCGGUGGUGACAUCAGACAUCAUAGGAGGUCCAUACCUGUCCUCAGCGCUGGGCGUGGUUUACUUCCUGCACGCCAUCCCGUACCUGAUUAGCCCACCAAUCGUGGGCUGGCUGGUUGACAUCACAGAAAGUUACACAUCCACUUUCCUUCUCAGUGGCGCCGCCCUGCUGGCCAGCGCGCUCAUUGUCUCCACCGUGGCUGGGAUUCGUCGCUGCAAGCAGCUGACCACCAAGCGCAGGCUCCUCCCCCUUAGCCUAACUGACCAAUCAAACUGCCUCAGCAAAAAGGGGGUCCAUAGGGACGUUGCCUCAUAGCCAAAGUGGAAACAACCAAUCAGAUUUAACGAUGCCAAAGGCAGCUGGAAGGCAGCUGUCAAUCCAAACUUCAUGGAAAACUUUAUAUUAAAUCAACGACAUUGACACACUGAACUGAAAUCAAAAACUCAUUGCUUGCUUUUUUUUUUAACUGAACCUUCAUCUUGGUCACAUGACCAGUUACCAAACAAACAAACGUCACAUGAAGGACAAAAUACUUGUGUUCUGGUUUUGUGUCUGGUCUGUUCUCUUUGUUUCCUGUUAAAUGCACACCUGGUCUCACUUGGUCCACCUGCUCCUCAUUUAGUUAGUGCUCCUCCACAGUGUAUAAAUACCCAUUGGCUUCUUUCAUUCAUCAUCAUCAUCACAUCGUUUCCUCUCAGUUCGGUUUGUUUCUUUGUUUUGUAUAAGUGGGUAAAAAGGGGCCCUGCAGAAAGUUUAGGGACCACUGAAGUAAAACACUGACCUGCAGCUUAUUACUGCUGACAUUAGCAGCUAACGUUAAGACCGUGGACUUGUUAAGGAUGGUAAAACCGAGACCUCAUGAAACAUCGAGUCAGCUUUGACACAAAAGCUUGAAAUCGUCUCAGUGUGUUGAAAUUUUUGACACGGUCAAAGAGCGCCACCUGCUGGCUGUGGGUGUCUGAUGCAUAAGAGGGAAAUCGUGGAGGUUUCCUCUCCGCACGUCUGUCAUCCCUGCCUCAUCUCUGACUACGUGUUCAAUAAAGGACACGGUUUCUAUCUUCUUCUGUCCUUCAUAUAAAUGAUAAAAGAGGCUGUUAGGUGGGACGGGUUUAGGGAACUAGAUUAUGGUGUAAUUUAAAGUUUUCUUUGUUUGUUUUUUUUUGUUUGUUUUUUUUUGCACUUAAAUUUUUAUUGAAAAACUUUACAAAAACAUGUGUACAAUAAAAGUCACAACACUGAUAGACUGCCAAAUUGUAUGUCCAGGUUGACAUCCAGUUUCAUACAAAUAAAAUAAAGAAAAUCAACCUAAAUCAACAUAAUGACAUGGGAGUGCCCUGUGUAUGCAGCAUCACCCUUGUCUCAAAUUAAAUCCCAUAAUUUUGUAAUCCAUGGUGUCAUCUCCUUUUCUUUUAUAUUUCACCCAUUUCCCCCACUUUGAACAAAGGUUCCUCCUGUAGUCUCAGUUUGUGUGUAAAUCUGUCCAAGUCAAAUAUUUCCUCCAGUGCUUGCAGCCAUUGCUCCUUUGUAGGCUAGUUUUGUUCCGCUCUCUUGUAAUGGUCUUCCUACUGGCUGCUAGUAGCACCUUUACUAGAUAUCAGUGUUUUCCUCUGUCAAAUUCCCAAGAUAUGACACCAGGCCUGUUCUAGGUAACUCAUAACCUAAUACUUCCUUUAAAACCGUCCAUACUUCUUCCCAGUAUUCCUCCAACUUUGGCACUUCCAGAAUAUGCGUGUGUGGUCCGCCCCUUCCUGUCCACAUGACCUCAUUUCCUGUUCUGGUACCUCCCUUUUGUCUUGAUGGUUAUAUAAAAUCUGAUGAUGUUCUUCCAGCAGAAUUCACUCUUGACCCGAUGGUUGUACCCUACAGACAUUGUACCAAUCCUCCUCUGUUAUCUUAGUCCCAAGUUCCCGAUCCCAGUUUUCUUUAUAUACACUGUGGAAUUCCCUCCAC